AUGGCUCCUCCUGUGCACACCUCUCUACACCAGAUGGCUCCUCCUGUGCACAGCUCUCUACACCAGAUGGCUCCUCCUGUGCACAGCUCUCUACACCAGAUGGCUCCUCCUGUGCACAGCUCUCUACACCAGAUGGCUCCUCCUGUGCACAGCUCUCUACUCCAGAUGGCUCCUCCUGUGCACAGCUCUCUACACCAGAUGGCUCCUCCUGUGCACAGCUCUCUACACCAGAUGGCUCCUCCUGUGCACAGCUCUCUACACCAGAUGGCUCCUCCUGUGCACAGCUCUCUACACCAGAUGGCUCCUCCUGUGCACAGCUCUCUACACCAGAUGGCUCCUCCUGUGCACAGCUCUCUACACCAGAUGGCUCCUACUGUGCACAGCUCUCUACACCAGAAGGCUCCUACUGUGCACAGCUCUCUACACCAGAUGGCUCCUCCUGUGCACAGCUCUCUACUCCAGAUGGCUCCUCCUGUGCACAGCUCUCUACUCCAGAUGCUCUCUACACCAGAUGGCUCCUCCUGUGCACAGCUCUCUACACAGAUGGCUCCUCCUGUGCACAGCUCUCUACACCAGAUGGCUCCUCCUGUGCACAGCUCUCUACACCAGAUGGCUCCUCCUGUGCACAGCUCUCUACACCAGAUGGCUCCUCCUGUGCACAGCUCUCUACACCAGAUGGCUCCUCCUGUGCACAGCUCUCUACACCAGAUGGCUCCUCCUGUGCACAGCUCUCUACACCAGAUGGCUCCUCCUGUGCACAGCUCUCUACACCAGAUGGCUCCUCCUGUGCACAGCUCUCUACACCAGAUGGCUCCUCCUGUGCACAGCUCUCUACACCAGAUGGCUCCUCCUGUGCACAGCUCUCUACACCAGAUGGCUCCUCCUGUGCACAGCUCUCUACACCAGAUGGCUGGUUCUCGCAGCUUACCGUACAUUGCUCGCUUCUGA